AUGGAUUUAGAAGAUGGGGUAGAUUCGCCUUGGGGAGAUGUCCCUUCUCAAGCCCAAUCGACACCAAGCUUGCCAAAUCCCGGAGAAUCUGCUCUAGAAGGAGACUCCUCGGAAUCCGCAUUGCAAACUCUCUCCCCACCAGCCGCCCAGGGCAAAACACAUGGAGGACGUACGAUACGAACACCUCGACGCGCCGGAGCACAACCAGUUCGACUUCAGGCUUUAGAUGACUCGUUGGGUCCAUUGGGACCUUUAGGUGAUAAUGCGCCAACGUCAAAGGCCGAUGAGCCUCCUGCGCCGCCCCAAAAAGAACAAACUGUUACACACAAUCUGCGACAACCAUUACCUUCAUCGCAAAGCUCUACUAUUAGCCGAAGUAUAUUGGAUCCGGUGGAUUUGAACGAGGACGUUGAAUCUAGUACUGGACCUCGCAUACCACCUCCUGUUCAACCAUCUCAUGGAUCGUCCAUUCGAAGAGACACAACACCUAGCGUGAGCAUCGAACAAGCUGCCAAGCCUACUUUUAAUAUUACCGUCGGUGAUCCACACAAAGUUGGGGAUUUGACAAGUUCUCAUAUCGUAUAUUCAGUUGAAACAAAGACAUCUUCCAAAGCAUAUCGUCAACCAGAAUUUACUGUCACUCGAAGAUAUAGGGACUUUUUAUGGCUCUACAAUUCUUUGCACGCAAAUAAUCCCGGUGUCGUUGUACCUCCACCUCCUGAGAAGCAGGCUGUAGGAAGAUUUGAUACCAAUUUUGUCGAAUCUAGACGUGCUGCAUUGGAAAGAAUGCUCAAUAAGACAGCUGCUCAUCCAACACUUCAACAUGAUGGGGAUUUGAAAUUGUUCUUGGAGAGUGAAGCUUUCAAUGUUGAUGUCAAACAUAAAGAACGAAAAGAACCUGGCCUUGGUGAAAGCAAAGGAAUGUUUAGUGGACUCGGCAUUUCUGUUGGUGGAGGGGGAAAGUUUGUUGAACAAGACGACUGGUUCCAUGAACGACGAGUUUACUUGGAUGCCUUGGAGAAUCAACUUAAAGCUUUGUUAAAAGCUAUGGAUGUUGUGGUUGGCCAACGUAAAGGUCUUGCUGAAGCGGCAGGUGAUUUCUCUGGUUCUCUCAGAGCACUUUCAGCAGUCGAGCUCUCUGCAUCACUAUCCGGGCCCCUUGAAAGUCUUGCGGAUUUGCAAGUCAGAAUCAGGGAACUUUAUGAUCGACAGGCACAACAAGAUGUAUUGACUUUGGGUAUUACGAUUGAUGAGUAUGUUCGUCUAAUUGGAAGUAUCAAGCAAGCAUUCGGUUCACGUCAAAAGGCAUGGCACUCAUGGCAUGCCGCAGAGGGUGAUUUACAAAAGCGUAAGACUACCCAAGAGAAAUUAUUACGUCAAGGAAAAUCACAACAAGAUCGUUUGAAUCAAAUGCAAGCAGAAGUGGCCGAUUCUGAACGUAAAGUUCAUCAAGCGAGAUUAUUGUUCGAGGAUAUGGGUCGUCUUAUGAAAUCGGAACUCGACAGAUUCGAACGCGAAAAGGUUGAGGAUUUCAAAAGUGCCGUUGAAACGUUCUUAGAGAGUGCUGUUGAAGCUCAAAAGGAGCUUAUCGAACUCUGGGAGACUUUUCUUAUGCAACUCGAUGCCGGAGAGGAUGAUCAAUUAUUUUACAAACCUCCUGUGGAACCAGCAGCACUUCCUUCAGAAGCAGGACUUUCUGGCGAAACUGCUACAGAAUCACACGCUGCAGCUGUAGCAACUGCGGAUGAAGAAGAUUAA